UUACUGGUGAAAGGGAGACGUCAAAUACACCGUAACAUUUCGGAUGCCAGUUACGGGGGUAUUAUAAAACCUUACUUGUUAUUGAACACGACUUGAUUGAUUGAAAGGCGAACAGGAAAGUGAUACUAUGGGUCUAUGACAAAGGCAUUUCCGGUACAUACUGUAUGUAACACGGACAAGCUCGGCUUCCUUGUUCAGUAUGAUAAAAUAGUAAAAACAAUAGCCACAUUAAACACUUGGCGAUAUGGAGAGGAACUUAACACUGGAAGUACUAUCUGUCAAUCUGACCAACUUUUCCUCACUAGAGGAGUUAGAAUGGGAGGACUUUCUGACCAAUGAUAUCCCCAUUGUUGUUUUCCUGGCUAUUCUCUCUGUGGUCGGCACGGUGGGUAACGGACACGCAUUCUGUGUAUAUUAUUUCUGUUACACUUCUUCCAAUCAUCGGACUUUUGUGGUAGCUCUAGCACUGAUAGAUUUCAUCGCCUGUUUUAUAGUGAUACCAUUUGAGAUUUUUGACAUGAGAUAUAAGUACACCUUUACUUCGUCCAAUACGUGCAAAACCUUUCGGUUCAUGAACCACUGUGUUGUGAUAAGUUCAGGUUUAAUGCUUGGAGUCAUCGCCGUGGAAAGAUUCCGAAAAGCCUGUAGACCUUUUCUGAGACAGUUGUCACCGAAGGGGGCGUUUUUUGCCUGCCUCGGAACAGUAUUAUUUUCUAUCAUUAUAAGCAUCCCCGUAACUGUGUUCUAUGGAUCUGCGGAAAAAGAUGUCGGUGGAUUCAUCGGUCAUAACUGCCAAACUCUACCCAGCUUCCGGAAAAAUAUAUUUUACAAAAUUUUUAAUGGAUUUCUGCUUUUACUAAGUACGAGUAUAUUUGUGAUAUGCAUUGUGGUAUACAUUUUUGUUGGACGGGUACUGUACAAACAAAUGAAAUUCCGUAUGGAGGCACAGCAAACUCAUAGAGGAGCGCAUCAAUCUAUGAUCCAAAACGACGAUGCCGAAAGUGAGUCCAGCUCAGUUGUGUUGAGUUCUAAAGAAAUUUCCUCACAUGGAAGCAGAAAAAGCGCACUUCGCACCCUUAGUUCUGUUUCGCUUGGCGCUUUGAACAGACUGUCUACAAAACGGAAGAAACUUGGAGUCAGUCGCAGUAGACGAAUCACCGUGAUGUUUAUUGUCGCGACAGGUGUGUCAUACAUCGGAGUGUUCCCGAAUAGUUUAAUUCUGAUAAUCAAGGCUGUGAAUUACACGCACUACAAAGCCCUGUCUGCUAAGCUGGGAUUUUUCAUUAAACUGCUUUUACGGGGAUAUUUCCUUAGUAACGUGACAAACCCCAUAGUUUAUAGUUUUUUUGAUGACCGCUUUCGGAGGGAGUGUAGAAAACUAUAUUCUAAGUUAAAAUGCUUAAAAUGUUAGUUCCUCACUUACCAAAAGUGGAAUUUGUGAUUUGUGAUAAAAUUUAUAUAUGUUUUUUUUUUCAAAUUAAAUUUAUUUGUAACUUUUAA